UGAAUCUCUAAUGUUAAUGACGUUAUGCUUAUAUGGAAUAUUACAAAUAUUGAUAAGAUAUUUUUUCAAAUAAAAAAAAUCAUGUCAAACAUAUAAAUGGCAAUGCGAUCAAUACGAAAGAUCAGUAUAGUUUUCAGCAUAGCCAUGAGAGAUAUUUCUAGUCAAAAUUUCAAUUGUAUAUCUCCUUCACCCACUCAAAGAAGAAUGGGCGGAAGGAAAAUGGCAAAGUUAAUUGAUGGUAAGAAAAUUGCCAAUGAAAUCCAGGAAGAACUGAAAAAGGAGAUCUUGAAAUGGUGUGAUGCUGGAAACAGAGCACCUCAAUUAACUGCAGUGUUAGUAGGGGAAGAUCCUGCAAGUGAUACAUAUGUUAAAAACAAAAUGAAAGCGGCACAGAAUGUUGGAAUAGAUAGCAUAACGAUAAAAAUUCCAGCUGAUAUUUCUGAAAAUGAGUUACUGCAGAGAAUUGAAGAAUUGAACAAUGAUCACAGUAUUGAUGGAAUAUUGAUACAACUCCCAUUGCCCCAACAUAUUAAUGAAAGAAAUAUUUGUAAUGCGGUCAGUGCAAGAAAAGAUGUAGAUGGCUUUCAUGUUGAAAAUAUUGGAAAGUUCUGUUCAGAUAUGAAUUCAUUUAUUCCUUGUACACCAUUAGGUGUGCAAGAGUUAAUUAAAAGAUCAGGAAUAGAGACAUUUGGAAAAAAUGCAGUUGUAGUAGGUCGUUCUAAAAAUGUUGGAAUGCCAAUGGCUAUGCUCCUUCAUGCUGAUGGUAGGAAUGAAACACAUGCCAUGGAUGCAACCACAACAAUUUGUCAUAGGUUUACUCCACCCGAGCAGUUGGCCAUGUUUUGUAAAACUGCUGACAUCGUAGUCACAGCAACCGGUGUUCCUGGUCUAAUUAAAGCGGACAUGAUUAAACCUGGUGCAGCUGUGAUUGAUGUUGGAAUAACAAGAAUACAGGACCCAGUCACAGGAAAAAAUAAGCUUGUCGGUGAUGUUGAUUUUGAUGCUGCAAAGGAGGUUGCUGGGUACAUCACACCUGUGCCAGGUGGAGUUGGCCCGAUGACGGUUGCGAUGUUGAUGAAGAAUACUUUCAAAGCAGCGAAGUACAAUGCAGAAUAUAAUAACCGAAACAAUGCAUAAAUUGCUUGUAUAUUGAUUGCAUUAUAUUUAUCAAACUAGUAAACAAAUGGCUCAUCAUAUACAUAACACUUGUUAAAAACUAGUAGACAAAACAAUUUAAAGAAA